AUGGAAAACUUGAGAGCAUUGGUGAACAGAUUACAGAAGGCAUGCACCACAUUGGGCGAUCACGGCGAAAACUCGACUUUGCCUACCCUUUGGGACGCCUUGCCGUCCAUCGCCGUGGUCGGCGGCCAGAGUUCCGGCAAGUCUUCAGUACUUGAUAGCAUUGUCGGAAGGGAUUUCUUGCCUCGUGGAUCUGGCAUUGUAACCCGGCGACCACUUAUCUUGCAACUUAACCGCAUUGACCAAGGCAGAGAUUAUGCAGAAUUCGGACACCACGCCGGGCAGAAGUUCACCGAUUUUGUUGCUGUGAGAAGAGAGAUCUCCGAUACAACUGACCGGGAAACAGGCCGGAGCAAGAAGCUUAUAUCCAGUGUUCCGAUCUAUCUCAGCAUUUACUCUCCCAAACUGGUGAACUUGACACUGACUGAUCUUCCAGGGCUUACUAAAGUAGCUGUUGAGGGUCAGCCCGAGAGCAUUGUUCAGGACAUUGAGAAUAUUGUCCGGUCGUUUAUUGAGAAGCCGAAUUGUAUUAUUCUGGCAAUAUCUCCGGCCAACCAGGAUCUCGCUACAUCAGAUGCAAUCAGGAUGUCUCGUGAAGUGGAUCCAAGAGGGGAGAGAACGAUUGGCGUGCUUACGAAAAUCGAUCUCAUGGAUAAGGGAACCGAUGCUAUUGAUAUCCUGGAGGGAAGAUCUUACAAGCUACAGUUUCCCUGGAUUGGCGUGGUGAAUCGUUCACAAGCUGAUAUUAACACAAGUGUUGAUAUGAUUGCUGCUAGGCUUAGGGAGCAGGAGUAUUUCGCAAAUUCUCCUCUCGAAACACCUGGAGGGCGUCAUCAAAUCCCGGAUUCCUGGAAUUCAAUCGCUGAACAUCUCGAUGGAGUUCGGCCUGGUAGCGAAAAGGUGUCCAAUGUUUUCGACAACCUGCUUCCGGCUGCAUUGGAAAAGCUGAGAUUCGAGAAGCAACUCUCAAUGGACAAUGUAAGGAAGAUUAUUACUGAAGCUGAUGGAUAUCAGCCUCAUCUUCUAGCACCCGAAAAAUGGUACCCUCGUCUUAUUGAAUCGAGUUUGGCUACAAUCAAAGGUCCAGCUGAGGCUGCUGUUGAAGCAGUGCAUCGUAUACUAAAGGAUCUGGUUCACAAGGCAAUCAGCGAGACUGAAGAAUUGAAACAGUAUCCAUCACUCAGGAAUAAGUUUUCCCUCGCGGCCGUGGAAUCGCUGGAGCAAAUGAGGGAUGAGAACAAGAAAACAACUUUGCGACUGGUGGAUAUGGAAUGCGGUUACCUUAAUGUGGAUUUCUUCCGGAAACUCCCGCAGGAUAUCGGGAAGGGCGGAAAUCCGACACAAUCCAUUUUUGACAGGUACAAGGAUUCGUACCUGCAACAAGUAGCGUCAAAUGUCUUGUCAUAUGUCAACAUGGUGUGCGCAACUUUGAGGAAUUCCAUCCCGAAAUCCAUUGCUCACAGUCAAGUUUGCGCCGCGAAACGCAGUUUGCUCGAUCAUUUCUUUGUUGAGUUGGGGAGAAAGGAGGGUAAACAGCUGGAUACUUUGCUAGAUGAGGAUCCGGAUUUAAUUCAGCGACGAAUCUCCCUCGCAAAGAGAUUAGAGUUGUACAACGCUGCUCAGGCAGAGAUUGAUACAGUCGCCUGGUCGAAAUAG